GCUUCCGGCUUGGGCGGAAAGCGGAAGUGUGGGAGGGUCUGCGGGCGGGCUCUGGGAGGUCCCAGGGGAGGAUGGAGCAGUGAGCGGGUCUAGGCGGCUGCCGGCAGCGCCAUGGAGACGGUGCAGCUGAGGAAUCCGCCGCGCCGGCAGCUGAAGAAGUUGGAUGAAGAUAGUCUAACUAAACAGCCAGAAGAAGUGUUUGACGUCUUAGAGAAACUCGGAGAAGGGUCCUAUGGCAGCGUCUACAAAGCUAUUCAUAAAGAGACCGGUCAGAUUGUGGCCAUUAAGCAAGUUCCUGUGGAGUCAGAUCUGCAGGAGAUCAUCAAAGAAAUCUCCAUAAUGCAGCAGUGCGACAGCCCACAUGUGGUCAAAUACUAUGGCAGCUAUUUUAAGAACACAGACUUGUGGAUUGUGAUGGAGUACUGUGGGGCCGGUUCUGUGUCUGACAUCAUUCGAUUACGAAAUAAGACAUUAACAGAAGAUGAAAUAGCUACGAUAUUACAAUCAACGCUUAAGGGACUGGAAUACCUUCAUUUUAUGAGAAAAAUACACCGAGAUAUCAAGGCUGGAAAUAUUUUGCUAAAUACAGAAGGACAUGCAAAACUUGCAGAUUUUGGGGUAGCUGGGCAACUAACGGACACCAUGGCCAAGCGGAACACGGUCAUAGGGACACCGUUCUGGAUGGCCCCCGAAGUGAUUCAGGAGAUCGGGUACAACUGCGUGGCAGACAUCUGGUCGCUGGGGAUCACUGCCAUAGAAAUGGCUGAAGGCAAGCCCCCCUACGCCGACAUCCACCCGAUGAGGGCGAUCUUCAUGAUUCCCACCAACCCUCCUCCCACAUUCCGAAAGCCGGAGCUGUGGUCAGAUGGCUUCAUGGACUUCGUGAAGCAGUGUCUCGUGAAGAGCCCCGAGCAGAGGGCCACGGCCACGCAGCUCCUGCAGCACCCGUUUGUGAAGAGCGCCAAAGGAGUGCCGAUACUGCGGGACUUGAUUAACGAGGCCAUGGACGUGAAGCUGAAACGCCAGGAAGCCCAGCAGCGGGAGGCGGACCAGGACGAUGAGGAGAACUCGGAGGAGGACGAACUGGAUUCUGGCACGAUGGUCCGAGCAGCGGGUGACGAGAUGGGCACUGUCCGAGUGGCCAGCACCAUGAGCGAUGGGGCCAGUACCAUGAUCGAGCACGAUGACACACUGGCGUCACAGCUGGGCACCAUGGUGAUCAACGCCAAGGAUGAGGAAGAGGAGGGGACGAUGAAAAGAAGGGAUGAGACCAUGCAGCCUGCAAAACCAUCUUUCCUCGAAUACUUUGAACAAAAAGAAAAGGAAAACCAGAUCAACAGCUUUGGCAAGAGUGUUUCAGGCCCACUGAAGAACUCUUCGGAUUGGAAAGUGCCCCAGGAUGGAGACUAUGAGUUUCUUAAGACCUGGACGGUGGAGGACCUCCGGAAGAGGCUCUCGGCCCUCGACCCCAUGAUGGAGCAGGAGAUUGAAGAGAUCCGGCAGAAGUACCAGUCGAAGCGGCAGCCCAUCCUGGACGCCAUUGAGGCCAAGAAGCGGCGGCAGCAGAACUUCUGAGCAGGGCCCGGCUGUCCUCCGGGGAGCGCAGGGUCGCAGCCACUGGAGCUCGCCAGCCACCACUCCUGCGCCCCGUCUCCCCACAGCACCUUCGAGAACUCAGGAACGGGCGCCAGAGGGAAGGGCCACCUCGCGGGCCGGCCGGCCGCCUGGGGCAAGGGUCUGACUGGGUCAGGGGAGCCACUCCAGAGGACUCACACUGGCGCUUUCAGGCUCAGAGUCUUACACCCCAGGGACAGAGACCCCUAGCCCAGUGACAGCUGGGGAAGUUUUACAGUGUCUUGUGUCUCUUCUCCCAAUAGCUUUCAGUUCUUUCUGGAAAGACUUUUUAGGAAACUAUAAAUAUGCCUAUGUAUAAAUUAUCGCUGGAUUCCCCACUCGGCGUGGUGGCGUCCCUGUACAGGUACAGUGUUCAACGGUUUGCCUCUUUUCUGGAAGAUUACGGUACUGUGGGACCCGAGGGCCGGGACGCCGGGCGCCCUCGGGGUCACUCGCCUCCCACCUCCCGGGAGCCAGCCUCACCCUCCGGCAGGGCUGCAUUUAAAAUGGGGUUCAGGCCCAUUUCCCCACGGUUUCGGCCUCGUGCGGGCCGCCCCUCCCCCGGCUUUGGGAGCUGUAGGUGACAGCUGUCGCCCAGGGAACGCCUCGGGGGCCACACUGACGCUUGAGCCCCGGGAGAAGCCCGGCGCCCUCGUUGCAAAUCGGCCUUUGUGGCUUCAGCACUUUCUGUCCACCGUCACUCUCCCAGCUGCCCAAAGCCACAGCACAGACACUGCCCAGUGCCUUAGAGGGGGCGCGACCCGCCCAGCGAAGGGACAGGCCUCCCGGGAACCCUCAGCAAACGCGGGGCUGGGUUCCGUCCGCAAAAGGGAAAGGGCGUUCCAGGUUCUCGCUGUUCGUGUGAAGGUCACCCAUGUGGCAUUUUGCACCACGUUCCUUACAGGGGUAGAGGGCAUUGAUUUUGUGAUCUGCAUUCAAAUAUGUGACUUUUUUUCUUCUUUUUUAAAAAAAUUUUUACUGGAAAGGAUAGUGAAUGCCAGACUUAGAUUUGUUCUCCAGGGACCUCAACCCAGACACGUGGAAAGCCAGAGCUGGAAGGGACCCUAGGCGUCAUCUGAUGGAGGCUGGGGUGGAAAGGCAAGUGACAGGGCCAAAGUCACAAAGCAAGGUGACGUAGGGGCCGGGACUAGCCCUCGGGCUCCUCCCCUGGUUCACUGCCCACACAGCCCCUUCUCCGGGGGAAGACACUUGUGUCGGUUUGGGUUCAGUUGUUCAGGGGAGCCUGCGAACGGGAACUGGCUCUUGCUUUGUCCCUUCGGUGGCUGAGGCUCUGGAGAGGUUCCCCAGGGAGCCGUUCCGUGGCCUCUGGGCCACGUGCCGGCUAGCAGCCAGGCCUCACGCAGGCAGGUUUAGGGCCGAAAGCAGGGCCGAGGGCUCACAAAAGACAGCGCUGAGCCCAUCUGCAGCGUUGGCUCAGGCCACCUGUCAUUUAGUCACGCAGCAAAGAGGAGACAGCUGGGGAAGGCAAAUGCGUGUUUAUUUUCAGACACCUCUUCCUUUCAGAGGCAGGCCAGGGGGCUGGGGCUGGGCUGCACCUAAGGAUGCUGCAAUUUGACUCCAUAAUUGCUUCUGCUUCCCAAACCUGGGAAUCAAUGGAAAGGCAGGGAAUGUUCUUCUGUGGCCAGAUUCUAUUCUCUGCAAUUAAAGCAAGUUUUAAAAAAUGCAAGAGGCCGUUGUCGGUCUGCAGGGCGUGGCCAGCGAAGCAGCUCCGUGGCAGACACAGAGAGGAGAGGACAGCGGGAGGUCCCCGUGGAGUGGUGAGUGGCAGCUAGCGCUUGCGCGCCGCCCACGGUUUGCCAGGCACGGAGCUCAGGAGGCUCCUGCCGUCCGCUCCCAGCCCCACAGUGUCUCUGCGAGCCAAGGGCUUUGCCUCCACUUCUCAGAUGAAGAGCCGGGUUCAGAGACGGGGAUGUUCUUGCCGGAGCAGUGCGGCUAGGAAGUGGUGGGAUGGGGAUGCAGAGUGUCCCUCUAUGGGACCAGUAUUUCCAGGGCAAAGUCUUUUUAAAGUGAAGUGCCCACCUUUUCUUGCACAGGCUAAAUAACCCGUCAUGGGCAUUUUUCAGUAGGGAGACAGCUGAAUGGGUAGUCAGGUGUGGCAGCCACGCGAGUCUGAAAACCCAGAUCAUGGAGCAGACCCCCCCGCCCCCCCCACACACACCCCCUCUGCUGUGCUAGUGAACAGUCCCGCCUCGGUCUCUCUCCUUUUGAGAAAGGACUUCGCACUUGGCCCGACAGGGAGGCCUUUUCUCCCGUGCUAAGCUAGAUUCCGUGAAGAAGGUUUCCGUUUCUCCCCACGAAUAUUCCGGAAUCUCGGUCUGGGGUCGAUUUUGUCUCAGGUGUGGGCACACCUGCCACGCCGGCCAGCGGAGCACGUGGCUCUGCGGUCUGGCCGCACAGGGUCCUCAGCCAGAACCCAAGUUCUUUCGGGUCAGCUCAGCUUCCUGACAGAGUGUGUGUGUUUCCUGCCGACAGGGAGGCAGAGGGCAGUCCCCAGCCGUGUCCUUCCUCGAAGACUCAAUUCAAGGCAGACCCGUCGGCUGUCACGGAGCCCUGGGGGUCACUGCUGAGCGCCAGUGACCCAAGCUUCCAGGGAACUCCCAGCCCCUUCCCUGUUCUCUCCUCCUAAGAAACAAGGACCCACCGCUAAUUGUGUUUUUAAACAAUGUUGAAUUAUCUCAGAAUGUGGUCAUGGUUUCCUCAUCCGUAAUUUGAAAGUACAUUUUUAUUUUCCUCUUUCCAUUGUCCCUUUUCCCAACUGUGGGUUUGGUGGAUGGACGUUUGGCUGGCCAGGUAGACAGGCAGACCACCUCUGCUUUGAAGCAACUUAAGAAAUAAUAGCCUUCACUUCUUGAGACUAUACGCUCCGAUCCAGGUCACACUUACUUAGCACCCAGCAUUUAAACCUCAAUAGCUUUUACCAAUAUCAGGAAUGAGAGGGGUCCUUGUAGACCCUAGAGAUAUGAAAAGGCUCAUAUCAUGAACAACUUUAUGCUAAUAAAUUCAACAGUGUACAUGAAAUGGACAAAGCAAUGGAAAGAUACGAAGUACUGCACUCAAGAAGAAACAGAUCAUCUGAAUUGCCCUGUAUCUUAAAACCUAAUAGCUCUGGGAGAUAGGGGUACCCUCGUCCUCUUUUACAGAAAAGGAAACUGAGGCUCAGGGAGCUCAAGUCCGUUGCUGAGGGUGACGGAGCUGGAAUACGGCAGAACCAGGACCCAGAGUCGGCUCCGACUUCGGCUCCAGCGCCCCCUCCAGCCUACCACUCGGCCUCUGGAGGUCGCAGCUCCUCCUCCAGCAGGAGUUGCUCCUGCCGCCCGCAGCCUCCCACCCCAGCCUUCCUCAGGCGCCCUGUCUGUGUUUUCACCGGGAUUGUGUGUGUCAUCUUUGGAACCCAUGUUCUUACUUGUGUUUGGGGGGGAAUAAUUGCUUCCACCAGCUUGCACUGAGACCAACUUGGAAAAAAAAAACUUGCAGAUGUACAACUUCGAAAUGUGAAUUUUGUAGCUUUACCUUUUUGUAACAAAAACUAAUAUAACACUGGCUUAAGUGCUGGCUUGAAAUGCUGUUUUAUAGGGUUUGGAUGUACAUAAUCGCUGAAGUCAGCCAUUUGUAUAUGGACGAGACAUCGCUUCCUUCCUUGCUCCCCCCUUUUUUAAAAUUUGAGAUGCUUCCUAGGUGCCUUUAUGUUGGAAUUGUUUCCCCUCCUUCCUUCGUCCUACGCCUUGUCACCUUUGUUUUAAAUAAACUGUCCUUC